GUGAAGGCAGCACUAUGCGGAAGGGAGGUUGUGCGGCGCCAUAUUUAAUACACCAGGAGCUAGCUAACGUUAGCUGUUUACAAGCCUAAACUUUUAACCCUAGACGGAAACCUAAAGCAAGCCCUCCAAAUCCACUCAAAAUGAAUGUAAUAGAUCAUGUUCGGGACAUGGCAGCGGCCGGCCUUCACUCUAAUGUCCGGAUAUUGAGCAGUUUGUUGCUCACGAUGAGUAAUAACAAUCCGGAGCUGUUCUCACCGGCCCAGAAGUACCAGUUGUUGGUUUACCAUGCUGAUGCCAUCUUCCAUGAUAAGGAGUACCGUAAUGCUGCCUGCAAAUACAGCAUGGCAUUGCAACAGAAGAAGGUGCUCAGCAAAACAUCUAAAGUUCGUACUUCUGCGGGUGGAGCUGCAUCAAACAUACAGGCACAGAGCUUGCCAUCAGAAAUUGAGGUAAAGUACAAGAUAGCCGAAUGCUACACCAUCUUAAAACUGGAUAAAGAUGCCAUCGCAGUGCUUGAUGGGAUUCCAUCCAGACAAAGAACUCCAAAGAUCAACAUGAUGCUAGCUAACCUGUACAGAAAAGCGGGUCAGGAGCGUUCUGCAGUGACGAGCUACAAAGAGGUUCUUCGACAGUGUCCCCUCGCCCUGGAUGCGAUCAUUGGUCUUCUGUCUUUAUCAGUCAAAGGAGCUGAAGUGGCCUCCAUGACUAUGGAUGUGAUCCAGAGUAUCCCCAACCUGGACUGGCUGUCGGUUUGGGUCAAAGCGUACGCCUUCAUACACGCAGGGGACAAUCAAAGAGCCAUUAACACUAUUUGCUCUCUUGAAAAGAAGUCUCUUUUGCGGGACAACGUGGACCUGCUGGUGAGCCUGGCUGAUGUCUACUUCAGAGCCGGUGACACCAAGAACGCCAUCCUUAAAUUUGAGCAGGCCCAGAUGUUGGAUCCGUAUCUCAUUAAAGGAAUGGAUGUUUAUGGAUACCUAAUGGCUCGUGAAGGACACUUGGAAGAUGUUGAAGUUCUGGGUGGGCGACUCUUUAACAUUUCAGACCAGCAUGCAGAGCCCUGGGUGAUCUCUGGGUGUCACAGUUUUUACAGCAAGCGUUACUCCAGAGCCCUGUACCUGGGAGCCAAGGCGAUCCAGCUCAACAGCAACAGUGUGCAGGCUCUCCUCCUGAAGGGGGCCGCACUGAGAAAUAUGGGGCGCGUCCAAGAAGCCAUCAUCCAUUUCAGAGAAGCUAUGCGCCUGGCUCCCUGCAGGCUUGACUGCUAUGAAGGUCUGAUCGACUGUUACCUGGCGUCCAAUGGGAUUCGAGAGGCCAUGGGAAUGGCUAAUAACAUAUAUAAAACGCUGGGAGCCAACGCACAGACUCUGACCAUCCUCGCCACGGUGUGCCUGGAAGAUCCUGUGACUCAGGAGAAAGCCAAAACCCUGCUGGACAAAGCUCUGGCCCAGAGACCGGACUACACCAAGGCCGUGGUCAAAAAGGCCGAGCUGCUCAGUCGGGAGCAGAAAUAUGAAGAAGGGAUCGCUCUCCUCAGGAAUGCCUUAGCCAAUCAGAGUGAUUGCGUCCUGCACAGAAUGCUUGGAGAUUUCCUGGUGGCUGUCAAUGAUUAUCAAGAAGCCAUGGAUCAAUACAGCAUAGCGCUAAGCCUGGAUCCCAACGACCAGAAGUCAUUAGAGGGCAUGCAGAAGAUGGAGAAAGAAGAAAGUCCCACGGAUGCCACAGUGGAGCUGGACGGUGACGACAUGGAGGGCAGCGGAGAGGACGGGGACCUGGAGGGCAGCGACAGUGAAGCAGCGCAGUGGGCUGAUCAGGAACAGUGGUUUGGGAUGCAGUGACCCCAGCACCUGCAGGACACACAGCCAUCUCCAUCCUCUCUCUCACACACUGACACACUGCAGCCCGCGUGGAGCAGCCAUCAGGGCAGUUUGAUGAAAUCUCCCCUAAUUCUGACGUUAUAUUUAGAUACUCACGUUUGAGGCUCGUAUGCUCAUCUCUCCUGAUGUUAAACAGCCUCAAGAGAACCUGGAGAGAACAUCUUUCUUGUCUGCUCAGUGUUUGUAAAAAUUGGCUUAUGUCAUUGGCAUUACUUUGGCUAGAUCUUCUGCACUUCUACAUCUUCUUCUGGCUCUGUGGCAACAUAAAUUCAUACCUGAUAGCAGAAAAAUCAAGUGAAAUAUACUCAUUACAAAAUGUGUAUCAGUGUGUUUAAAAAAAAGACCUGUUAUGAUGUUUUUAAAGAUGAGGUGCUCAAUGUAGAGAGGAGCCUUACCUGAGUGAGGGAGAGAGAAACCACGACUGACUUCAGUGAUCUUUCACGUGUGACCGGAGAGACUGGCAACUUUUUAAAGGUGUGUGUGCUGCACUGAGGGCGAUUCACAACGAAGUCUCUCACCACGACGACCUUUUUCAGGAGGUCUGUAAAAUAUGAAUAUUUACCAUAUUUCUGUAUUAAAAUGUUGCGUCUCAUUUUGCUCUCCGUUCAGAAUGUGUCAUAUUGUACAUGUUUACUGUUUUCCUUUUCGUCUGCCUUCAUGUGUGAAAGAAUAACCUCAUGACUGACUUCUUUAUUUGGGAAGUGAGAACCAUUUCAAGACAAUUGUUUAUAGUAUUUUGUACAUAUUUUUAAAGUGUAUAAUAAAAUUAUUAAACACUCACUUGACA